AUGAGUAUUUCAAGAGACUCUCGACACAAGCGUUCGGCUACUGGGGCCAAGCGUGCCCAGUACCGCAAGAAAAGAAAAUUCGAACUCGGUCGUCAACCCGCCAUGACCAAAUUGGGCGCCAAACGGAUCCACACCGUCCGUGUUCGUGGUGGCAACUUGAAGUACCGCGCCUUGAGACUCGAGGCUGGCAACUUCUCGUGGGGAUCCGAGCGAAUCACCCGCAAGACUCGUGUCAUUGGCGUUGUCUACAACUCCACCAACAACGAACUUGUCCGAACCAACACCCUUGUCAAGGGUGCUAUCAUCCAAAUCGAUGCCACUCCCUUCCGUCAGUGGUACGAGUCUCACUACGGCCAACCCGUCACCAAGCGAGGCAAGCUUGCCAAGGUUGAGGAAACUGCUGGAGAACCCGCCAAGGAAAAAUCCAAGUCGGUCCUCCACAAACUUGAACAGCGACGCCUGACUGGUAAGGUCGACCAAAUGCUAGAAACCCAGUUCCAGGCCGGUCGACUCUAUGCUUCCAUUGCUUCCCGCCCUGGUCAAAGCGGACGCUGUGAUGGCUACAUUCUCGAGGGUAAAGAACUUGAGUUCUACCUCCGACGAUUGAAAUCGUCAAAGCAAAAACACGCUGCAUGA